AUGCCAAAAAUUGGAAUCUCAUACUCAAUUUCAAGUGUGGCUUUAAUUUUGUUUGUAAAAAUAAUUUACGGAUUACCGUGUAUCACUGAUAUACAUUGUUAUGCAAAUGCAAAAUGUUCAAUCGAUAAGAAUUGUGUUUGUCUACCAAAUUAUGUUCAAUUAAAUGAAACAACAUGUGCACCACUACUAGGUGAAUAUUGUUCAAGUAAUGAACAAUGUACACCCCAUAAUUCAAUUUGUUCUAACAAUAAGUGUAUGUGUGAUAUUAAUUACUCACAAUUAUCUAAUGACAAGUGCACAGCAAUAUACUUAGGACAACCCUGUAAUGAGAAUGAAGAUUGUAACCAUAUAAACUAUGCUGAGUGCUCUGAUGAUAAUAAAUGUGUUUGUGAAUCAAAUUAUAUUAAAGAUGGUAAAUUAGCAUGUUCAUCGCUAUUAGGAGGAUAUUGUCGCAAAGAUAAAGAUUGUUCAGUCAAUAAGUCGAUCUGUUAUCGUAGCAAAUGUCAAUGUCCAGAUAAUUAUGUACAACGGUCUAAUCUUGAAUGCCUGCCGAUUAAGUUGGACAAAAGUUGUAUCAAUGAUGUAGAAUGUGCUGGAACAAAUCACAGUAUAUGUUCAAAAACAAAUGAUUGUAUUUGUGAAUCAAACUAUUUUGCAAUAUCCAAAAAAACAUGUAGACCACUUUUGAACGGAUUUUGUUUAAAAGAUGAACAAUGUACCGUCAAUAAUUCUAUUUGUGUCGACAAUAAGUGUCAAUGUAAACCUAAAUAUAAAUCUUAUGCAAACAACCGAUGUAUUACAUCUUAUUUGAAUGAAUCUUGUAUAAGCGAUAUAGAUUGUGAAGGAAUAAGUUAUGGAAAAUGUUCAAAUGAUGGUAAAUGUGCGUGUAAAAAAAAUUUUUCACAAUUGAACGAAACAACAUGUGCGCCCCUACUAGACGAAUUCUGUACAACGCAUGCAGAAUGCAUUGUUAAUAAUUCAGUUUGUAGAGACAAUAAAUGUCAAUGUAAAUUUUUUAUGACUUCUAUAUCUAAUCGUCAAUGUAUACCACUACUGACGGAUACAUUUUGCUACAAUGAUAAUGAUUGCCAUGAUAUAAAGCAUACAAAGUGUGCAGAUAAUAAACGAUGUUCUUGUAUAUCAAAUUAUAUGCCAAUAAAUAAUACUGUUUGUGCACCACUUAUAACUGGAGACUGUUUAAAUGAUAAUGACUGUAUUACGGAAAAUUCAUUUUGUUUGAAUAAUACGUGUCAAUGCAGACAUAAUUAUAGAGCACGUUCUUAUGUCAGCUGCGAAAAAGUUUCAUUGGGAGAUUCUUGUCAUAAAAAUUCAGAUUGUGAGAUGAUAAAAAAUGCUCAAUGUUCAAAUCAUAAUAAAAAAUGUAUUUGUAAUGAAAAUACUUUUGUAUUUAAUGAAACUUCUUGCAUACCGAUGAUUGGUAAAUUUUGUUCAAAAGACAAUGAAUGUGAUUAUGAUCGCUAUCAUUGUUUUGAUAAUAAGUGUCAAUGUCUUUAUCAUUAUUUACCUGUGUCAGAAAAUCAGUGUGUAUCGGGUGGGUAUUAAACUUUAACAUUAAAUAAUUAAUUUCAAAUCGUAGAAAAUAUUUCGUUGAUUCCACUAUAAAAUUGGAAUUUUUUUCAUGUUUUUCAGAGUAAUAGAAAAGUUUGUUUAUUUUGAAUUCUGUGAUUAUAGCAUCGGUAGUUACCAAAUGUAAUAAUGAUACAGAUUGUGGCGUUCCAUGGCAUUGGGAAUGUUCGAAAAGCAAAAGAUGUUCAUGUAAAGCGAACAAUACUGCAAUAGGUAGAAACACAUGCUUACCACUUAUUGGAGGAUAUUGUUGGAGAGAUGAUCAGUGUGUUGUUGAGAAUUCUUUUUGCAUCGAUUUUCACUGUAGAUGUAAAGACCCAUAUAUAGCUGUGGCUAAUAAUUUGUGUACAAAAAAUUAAUGUAAGCAAUCAUACGUUAUUAAAAAUCUAUUUAAUCGGAAAAAUAUGAAAUUUAGAAUAUUUGUAUUUGUUAUCUUAA